GUGAAGUGUUAUGCAAUGAAGACCGACGAAGAGAAUCAGUUUGCAAGGACGUGGAGAAUCACGUUUCGUCUUGAAUUCUGGAAAAUUGAAGUCAUCUUUCGACUAAAGUCAACGAUGAGAAUUCUCCUUUUACUCGGUCUGGCGUUAACUGUUGCAGGGAAGGACUGCUUCGAGCCAAUGACUGUUUUACCUCAUGGUGAGGUGACUUGCACUUCUUACGAUGGCGCUGUCGGGUCCUCGUGUGAAUUAAGAUGCACCGAUCCUAAAUACGAGAUGGUGCGUCCUAUGAAUUCGAUUGUUACAUGCUUGCCAACUGGAGAAUGGGACAAGAAAUUUCCAUGCUGUCAAAAGUGCGACAAAGCCGCUGAUAUUGUGAUUGUUGUCGAUUCUUCUGGUUCAAUCACGAGAAGCGACUACGGGAAAAUGAAGAACUUCAUAGCAAACGUUAUUGGAUCUUUUGAAGACGACAAGGUUCAAUUCUCGGCAGUCCGAUUUGCAACAAAUGUGGACACCAGAAACAAAAUACUGUUUGGAGAGUAUGGCAUAUCUGACAUGGUGGAAAAGGUCGAGCUACUUCCGGGUCCAGGAGGAAAAACUGCUCUUGGAGCCGCUCUCUCCUACACAAGGACGGCAAUGCUGAGACAUCACAACAGAGAAAAAGUGCCCGACAUGGUAUGGGUAAUAACGGAUGGUGACGCGACAGAUUCAGUCAAGAAGGCGGCAAGAUUACUCAGAAGACAAAAAGUGGAGAUUAUCGCACUUGGAAUCAAACAGCCUGGAGAACCUUUAUCCAUUAAGCAACUAGAAGAAAUAACUGGCAACCCUGAUAACGUCAUCGAAGUAAAAGGAAUGGAAUCGCUGAAAGAGGAAUUGAGAGGCCGAAUCGUUGGAAAAAUCUGUAAAUUCUCAUGUCCUCAUUAUCCUCCAACUACGCCACCGCCACCACCCAAAUGUGAUCCUAACCCACCCCCACCGCCGACUGGAGGUUCUGUAAAUUGCGAUAGCGAUACCGCAGAUAUUGGAACGAAAUGCGACUUCGUUUGCAAACCAGACUCUCAGCUCGAAGGACCCGAGGACGCAGUCUGUGAAGAAGAUGGAAAGGGAGGUGCAAGAUGGAGCCAAGAAGCCAAGAAAUGUGUCAAAAAAUGCAAAAAGCCUCCUCCGCCAACCUACGGUACCGUAAAAUGCAGUAACUUGGACAACAAACUAAUCGUCGGUUCAUCUUGCACAUUCAAAUGUAACGAAGGAUAUCAAGUUGUUGGGAAAAGAGAAACCGAGUGCGAAAAGGACGGAACAUGGUCAGAAAAGGCACCAAAAUGCGAACCUCUUUGCAAGCCACACCCACCACCAGGACCAAUCAAUGGCGAAGUUGAAUGCAACAACGAAAAAGCAAUAAUCGGAACUCGUUGUGAUUUCGCUUGUAAGGUUGGAUACUCGCUCCAGGGAUCAGAGAAAACAAUCUGCAAGAAAAUUUCCAAUGGAAAAGCUGAAUGGAGCCAUAAGGCACCAAUAUGUACCAAAAAAUGCAAGAAGCCAGAUCCUCCAACCUAUGGUACCAUCAAAUGUGACGAUAAAUUAAUCGUGGGAUCGAAAUGCGAGUUUAAAUGUGAGGAAGGAUACGAAAUGGUUGGAAAACCAAAGACGAUUUGCGAAAAGGCUGGAACGUGGAGUGAAAAAGAACCAAAAUGCAUACCAAAAUGCACGCCACACCCCCCACCGAAACCAGAAGAUGGAUUUGUUGAUUGCGAUAACGUCGUUGCAACCGCCGGAACAAUCUGUCAAUACAAAUGUAAGAGUGGACAUAAGCUAAUUGGCUCAGAGAAUACAGUCUGUGAAGAAACAGCCAGAGGUGUCGUAGAAUGGAGCCACAAGGCACCAACGUGCAAAAAAACUUGCGAAAAACCAAAAACAAUAGACCACGGUACAGUCAAAUGCGACAAACCAGACAAAUCAUUAAUUGAAGGAGCCGUUUGCGACUUCGAAUGCGACGAUGGUUUCAAUAUGAAAGGACAGAAAAAUGCGAUAUGUAAGGCUGAUGGAACAUGGAGUGCUAAGCCCCCAACUUGUGAAGAACCAAAAGAAUGCCUGAAAUGGAAUAAAUUUAAGAACGGAAAGAUGAGUUGCAAACCAAAGACAAAAUUCGUUGAAGGAACCAGAUGCGAUUUUACAUGCGACGAUGGCUACGUUAUGAUUCCCGGAUGGAAAAAAUACGCAAUGUGCAACGCUAGUGUUGUCAGUACUGAAGUCGGUUUGAAGACAGAGUUACAUUGGACAAACAAAUUACCGUGCUGCGGAAAAGUGACGUGUAGCAAGGACGCUAAAAAGGAUCUCAUAAUCGUCAUCGAUUCCUCGGGAUCAAUUAACCCAGUCGGAGGUCCGGACAAUUAUUCGAAAAUGAAAAUAUUUCUUGGCAGUUUGAUUGAUGGCUUCAAGGGAGACGGAUUCCGUUUUGGUGUUGUAAGAUUCAACUCCGUGGUUGAAAAAAAAGACACAAUUUUCCUCGACCAAUAUGUUGGAAACAAAGCAGGGAUUAAGAAAGCUAUCAUGAAUUUCAAGGGACCCGGUGGAAAAACAUACACCGCAGCGGCAAUUGAUUACGUUCGUAAGAAGGUAUUAGCAACCGGAAGAAAGGAUGUUACAGACGCAAUCCUAGUAGUGACUGAUGGAGCAGCCAGUGACGUUGAUAAACUUCCGGCGGCGAUAAAAGCCAUUAGAGAUAAAGGAGUUGAUACUUUUGCUCUUGCUAUCGGCACACAAGUUGGUGAAACAGUUGACAUAAUCUCUGGAACUGAAGACAAUAAGAUAAUAAUCAAUGAUAUGGAUGGUCUUACAAAAGAAUUAAAGGAUAAAAUCCUUAGCAAGUUCUGCUCUAAUUCAUGUGAAGGAAAGUAGACGAAGAUUGGGACUGACUCUGGGUUUCCCACGAAAAUCCAUCAAAUAUUAUUAUGCUUAUAGACUUGGUAUUAUUGACAAAAAAACUAAGCAGAUGAAAAUGAGGUUAAAAUGUAACUUUGGUGCUUGAUUUUCUAUAUCCUUAUUCGAAGAGAACGCAUGAAAUACUCCCUUAGGAAAAUAUAAACUGUAUCCCUAAAGACUCAUAUAAAGUGAUGCUUUUUGUUUUAUUUCACUGGUAAUAUGGCCUCGUUUUUAUAUUAUGACGUCAUUUUAUUGUUAUGUGACCUCACCUUUAUUAUGACGUCAUCUUAGGUGUUAUGUGACCUCACCUUUAAUAUGAUGUCAUUUUUAUUGUUAUGUGACCUCACCUUUAUUAUGACGUCAAUUUUACUGUGUCGUCCAAUAUUUAUAUCAUUGUUCCCACAGUGAAGUCCAGACUACUCAGUCUUUACUAUUUCGUGAAAUUAAAAGGGAAAACGGUUUUUAAAAUCUUGCGUUUUUGUCUAUGAUACCAUGCUGAUUAUUUUAUAUUUACAGUGUUUAUGCCCAAUAGAAUAUUCAGAUUCCAUGAUUUGGGUCUGGUGGAUUUUCGUGGCAAAUAUAUAGGAUUUGAUUUACUAAUUAACACAUUUGAUCUGUUUACUUAUAGGAUCAAUUGUCUUUGUUUUUCAUGACAACACCUACGUUCUUUGCUCAUACUUAGCCAUAUAUGUGUCUCUUACAUGCAAUAAUAUUUAGUAUGGACAUUAGUUGCUUUAGUAUAACUUUGUUGCGAUGUUUAAUGCUAACAUUUUCAAUUGUGUGGUUAGUAUAAUACAAACCCUAUUUAAAACCCUAUGAUAUUUUAUAAGACAAAUGAACGACAUUUAUUUCUAUCAUUAUUUGUGUAUUCGAUACUAAAAAGUACAUAGAAAUAUUGUUUAUAUGGAGAAUACUGCAAUAAAACGUAUAAAAAUUGUUA